AUGGUGCACUACUGGAUCGUGACCGGCCCAUCCGUCCUGGUGCUGCUGCUGCUCGUUUUGUCCUGCGAACGGCGGCAGGUGCAGGCCGCCGGUGGUAGCAAUGGCGACUUUAGCUACUUCUACGGCAAGAUCGGGCCGACGGACACGCUGUGCGCGAAGAAGGUGGUCGGUAUCGGCACGACAACGCCCGUCCAGGUGACCUACGCCGCUCAGCGCCCGAUAACAGCUGUCAGCCUGGACGCAUCGAACGUGGCGUACCAGGGUUUUAACGUGCUCGUGGCCGCCGGGUCCAUCGGUCAGCGGACCAUCACCUUCAGCCUGAACGGCCCCUGGGUCCUGCCGUACUACAUCGAGGCGGACUUCUACUGCGCGGCGACCUGA